GCCCGGCCGGGGCGGCUGGAGAGCCGCGAGUCGCUGGGCGCGCGGGGCCGCCUGGCCGCGCCUCGCCACGGGCUCUGUUGGCACACGGCCGUGGUGAGCAGGUGCGCAGGCUGGAGCCCAGAGAUGCCAGUCCCCAGGGGAGACGUGAGCCUGGCGGGCCGCCGGCUGACCCAUCGCUGAAGCGGGCGCCCAGGCCGGGGCUGCCGCGUCCCCGGCCCAGCAUGCGCCUGUCCGUGCGGAGGGCGCUGCUGGCGGUCGGCUGCGCCCUGGCCCUGGUGCUGGCGGUGCAGCUGGGACAGCAGGUGCUGGAGUGCCGCGCGGCGCUGGGGGGCCCGCGGAGCGCGCGGCGGGCCAUGCGGCCAGAGCAGGAGGAGCUGGUGGUGGUGGGCGCCGACCGCGUGGAGUACCGCUACGGCAAGACCAUGCCGCUCAUCUUCGUGGGCGGCGUGCCCCGCAGCGGCACCACGCUCAUGCGCGCCAUGCUGGACGCGCACCCGGAGGUGCGCUGCGGCGAGGAGACCCGCAUCAUCCCGCGCGUGCUGGCCAUGCGCCAGGCCUGGUCCAAGUCCGGCCGGGAGAAGCUGCGGCUGGACGAGGCAGGCGUGACGGACGAGGUGCUAGACGCCGCCAUGCAGGCCUUCAUCCUGGAGGUGAUCGCCAAGCACGGGGAGCCGGCGCGCGUGCUCUGCAACAAGGACCCCUUCACGCUCAAGUCCUCCGUCUACCUGUCGCGCCUCUUCCCCAACUCCAAGUUCCUGCUGAUGGUGCGCGACGGCCGGGCCUCGGUGCACUCCAUGAUCACGCGCAAGGUCACCAUCGCCGGCUUCGACCUGAGCAGCUACCGCGACUGCCUCACCAAGUGGAACAAGGCCAUCGAGGUGAUGUACGCCCAGUGCAUGGAGGUGGGCCGCGACAAGUGCCUGCCCGUGUACUACGAGCAGCUGGUGCUGCACCCCAGGCGCUCCCUCAAGCUCAUCCUGGACUUCCUGGGCAUCGCCUGGAGCGACGCCGUCCUGCACCACGAAGACCUCAUCGGCAAGCCCGGCGGUGUCUCCCUGUCCAAGAUCGAGCGCUCCACGGACCAGGUCAUCAAGCCUGUGAACCUGGAGGCGCUCUCCAAGUGGACCGGCCACAUCCCUGGGGACGUGGUGCGGGACAUGGCCCAGAUCGCCCCCAUGCUGGCCCGGCUCGGCUACGACCCCUACGCGAACCCCCCCAACUACGGCAACCCGGACCCCAUCGUCAUCAACAACACACACCGGGUCUUGAAAGGGGACUAUAAGACACCAGCCAAUCUGAAAGGAUAUGUUCAGGUGAACCAGAACAGCACCUCCUCCCACCUAGGAAGCUCCUGAUUUCCAGAUCUCUGCAAACGGCUUUGUUGCCAAGAAGACGGGAAACUGCAUUCGAGUGGGAAUCGGACCUCUAAUCCAAGCAUAUUGCUUGCUAUUAAUCGCCAAAAAAAAAAAAAAAAAAAAAAAAAAAAAAUCCGGGCCUGCUAAUGAGGAAUGUAUUUGCAUAUGUGUGCAAAAGCAGAGUCACCCAGGGCUAGCCUUGGAACCCUGUGGCCUGGGCCUUGCUCCCAGGGCGGAGAGCAGAGCGUGGGAAGUAGCCCGUGUUGAAACUUAGGUAUUUUCUAAUUUCUCCCCUCCAGAACUGUUUUUGUACGAAAUGGACUCGCCACCCUCCUUAAUUCACAGGGCUGCCUCGGCGGCUUUGCUGGCUGGGACAAGGCCCACACCUGUGCCUCUCCUGUCACCCCUGACCUGGAAUUCAGAGAAUCUAUUUAAGAAUUUAAUAUAUGAGGCUUUCUUGGAUUUCUCCUCCUUGGUUCUGCUCAGUUCCACGGCGGCGGGGGAGAUUGUUUGAAUAAAGUGAACAGAGUCUCA